GGGGACUGUGCUCCCGGAGGCUGCGUGCGCCCUGAAGUCCGAGGCACAGCCGGCGCCUCCCGCCGGCCUCCCGCGGCUCGCCGAGGUCUAGUAGUGCUGCUGGAUCUGCAGAGCCUGGAGCCUCUGUGCCUGCACCUCACACCUGCCUCUGUUCCAAAGAGCUGUGGCUGCAGUGGGCUGGCUGAGACACUUCACGGCGCCUGCCUGGGAUACUCUGGGACCGUCCUCCUCCACAGCUGCCUUCUCCCCGGCUCCUGCACCUGCCCUUCGGAAGUCACUGGUCUGCUCUGCAGUCAGAAGCCCUGCCUGGAGCUGGAUCCUUACAGUAGAACACUCCAACAAAUUUUGCAGGCUUAUCGGAAGAAGAGUGCCCAAGAGACUGGCGGUCAGCAUUCUCUAAGAUGGAGAAGACAGACGCCAAAGACCAGUCCUCUCAGGGGGAUGAAGAGAAAGACACUCCAAAGAGCCACCCCUACUCCGUGGAGACCCCAUAUGGCUUCCAUUUAGACCUGGACUUCCUCAAGUAUGUGGAUGACAUCGAGAAGGGAAACACCAUCAAAAGGAUUCCUAUCCACAGACGGGCCAAGCAGGCCAAGUUUAGCACUUUGCCCCGAAACUUCAGCCUUCCCGACAGCGGCGCUCGCCCCCACGCUGCUCUUUCCCACCCGAACUGGCCCCCAGUGGUGCCAAGUAAGGUGUCGCUCGGGACAGAGGCGCGAGCCCAGCCACUGCCGCUCGGUGAUCACCCCCAAGCCGCUGGCGGGAGCGAGGCGAGCUACCACCGGAAGGCCCUGCUGACGGAGACCGCCAGACAGCUGGAGGCUGAGGUCGCCUCCGGGACUGGACGGCCCCAGCUCUUGAGAGCAUCCAGCAUGCCGGCCACGCUGCUGCAGAACAGGGCCUCAGAGGACCCAAGCCUAAACUCGGGGCCCCCUACCCCGCCCGCCCUCCCCCCACUUCAGGGCGAAGGUGGUGUCUGUGAUGGCGCCUUUGGUCCUGCGGAAGGAUUUGCAGGUUUUUCCAACUCCACCCAGGGAGCGGCGGCCCAACUAGAAGUCAGAGAGUCUGGAGACCUGGUGCCAGGAAUACCGGAGCUGAUCCUGAAGGGGCCUGAGCCUCCAGAGGGUGAAGAAGCAGCUGCAAAUCACCUCCCUUUCUCAAGUCCUCCUUUCUCAUCACUUGUAGUUCUAGAGGAUGCAGAAGACCAACAGGAAAGCAGACAAGCCGAGGUGGCGGUCACGCCCCCCGGUUCCCCAACAUCAAGCCCCCCACCUCUGCCAUCACCCGUCCCUGAGAAUGAGCUCCCCCUCGAAGAAAUCGAGCUCAACAUCAUCGAGAUCCCACCGCCGCCACCUGUAGAAGUAGACGUGAGAAGCAUCGGUAUCCGGGUCACGGAGGAAAGCCUGGGCCUUACCUCCGUGGAUCCUGGCAGCAUCUCCAGCCUGAAGCAGCAGCUCUCGGGCCUCGAGGGCGAGUUGUCUGGAAGAACUGAGGAACUAGCCCAAGUCAGAGCUGCCCUCCAGCGGCAGGAGGAGGAAAUCAAGGCUAGGGGGCAGAGGAUUCGAGAGCUAGAGUGCACUGUAGCUCAACUGACAGAAAAGCUUAGCCACGAGAACACCAAAGAUGCUCAGGGCCAGACUGAUGCCAUGGUCAACACUGACCCUCUGCACGGACUCUUGACCAGGGAGUCGUGUGACAAGAGCAUUGGGGUCAACCUUAUGGGCAGCACAAGAUCUGAAAGCUGGGGGGCCUGGGGAAAGGGGAAUGGCGUCCUGUGGAGGCAGGAGAGUCACAAAUGGGGGGAUCGGAGCCCAGCAGAAUUUGUGUCACCAUCCCAGCUGUCACUGCCACAGGGAUCCAAGAUGGUCCUCACCCCCUCUUUACAUAGCUGCCUCUCCACUGAGCUCAGGAUCGAAGAAGGACGCUCUGACCAGGAGGGAGGCCAUCAGGUGGGAGCCGAGGGUCCAGUCAGGGGAGCAAGAGGCUCUCCAAGGAGCAGCGAGAGAAAGGCUCCCCCAGCAGGGAGGAAGGAGGCCGGUUCAGAGCUCCCGGGGAAGGAGCGCCCAGGAAGGCCACCGAGCUCGCCCACCACCGAUGCCACUAUCGGGCAGUACGUUAAGAAGAUCCAGGAGCUCCUGCAGGAGCAGUGGAGCUGCCUGGAGCAUGGGUACCCGGAGCUGGCCCAUGCCAUCAAGCAGCCCGCCUCCAAGCUCAGCAGCAUUCAGAGCCAGCUGCAGAGCUCCCUCAACCUGCUGCUGUCCGCCUACUCGGCCCACGCUGCACCCCAGAGGGAGCCCCCGGGCCCCUCUUCCUCCCCGCCGACGGAGAUCUCCCCGUCGACCAGCCUUAAAUCCAUAAUGAAAAAGAAAGACUAUGGCUUCCGUGCAGGAGGUAAUGGGACCAAAAAGAACCUUCAGUUUGUUGGGGUUAACGGUGGCUAUGAGACCACCUCGAGUGAGGAGACCAGCAGUGAGGACACCUCCCCAGAAGAUUUGUCUGACAGCGAGGCCGAGAAGAAAUGUGAUGGCCCAGAAUCUAGGCGGGGCAAGGAUGCCCACCUCAGCUACAAGGCGGGGCAGGGCAUUCCCGAGGGCACUCGUGACACAGACCAGCAAAGCGGGCCUGGGGAAGAGCUUCCCCAUCCCAAGGCUGAGAGAUAUAAACCCUCAGAGGAAUUCCUUAAUGCAUGCCGGGCAUUGAGCCAACAUCUGCCAGAAACCGGGACGACCACUGACCAGCUCUUGAAGCAGAGCUUAAAUACCAUCAGUCAAGAGUGGUUCCGGGUCUCCAGCCGGAAGUCAUCCAGCCCUGCUGUGGUGGCCACCUACCUCCGCGGGGUCCAGCCUCACUCCCCACACUUGCUAAAGCUGCUUGUCAACCUGGCUGAUGGCAAUGGCAACACAGCUCUUCACUACAGCGUAUCCCACUCCAGCUUCUCCAUCGUGAGGCUGCUGCUGGAAACAGGCGUCUGCAACGUGGACCAUCAGAACAAAGCUGGCUACACCGCCGUGAUGAUCACUCCCCUGGCUUCUGCAGAGACCGAUGAAGACAUGGCUGUUGUCUGGAAACUCUUACGAGAAGGAGAUGUGAACAUCCAAGCUACUCAGGGAGGCCAGACUGCGCUGAUGCUGGGAGUCAGCCACGACCGGGAGGACAUGGUCCAAGCGCUACUGAGCUGCCAGGCAGAUGUCAACCUCCAGGACCAUGAUGGAUCGUCAGCCCUUAUGCUGGCCUGUCGCCAUGGCAACGUCGACAUGGUCCGGCUGCUCCUGGCACACCCGGCCUGUGACAGCAGCCUGACUGACAAGGCUGGCCGAACGGCUUUGUCCAUCGUUCUGAAAUCGCCCGCCCAUGUGGAAAUUGCAGGGCUGCUACGGGCCCACGCGAAGCAGGGCAGGUCCCUGGGACCGUAGGGGCUGCAGAAGAGCUGGCAGCAGGGAACAGAAGGGGCCUUCUCUGGACUCCUCCCUCGCCCUCGGAGAGGGCACGGGUCAUAGCCAGGGGGCCGCCCCGCAAGAGAAGAAACUAUGUCAAAUACGCACAUACAUUCCUCUUGUAUAAUUCUGCUCGUUAGGAUGCUUUGUAGUUUUUGCCUUAGGCCAAGCCCCAAAACUGCGGGCUGCAGAGGGGUGCAAGGUACAAAGUGCAUUGGUGUUGGCUAAAAAAUCCCGGCUAUCUUCAGCCUCGAGUUCCUUGCGACUCUACCCUUUGUAGCACCGUGCAGAGACCAGGCAGGCAGGAGCACAGUAGCAAAGCAAUACUUUUCACGUGGAAUUUUAAAGUGCGCCAUCUUUCUGUUUUAUAAUCAAUUAUAUAUGAAUAUAUCCCAUUGAAUAUGCAUGUCUAGAGAGGAGGGGGUGGGGAAGGGGUGGGAUUUAAGCAGCU